UUGCUGUUGUUUGCAAAAAAUGCUAUUUGCCUGUUUUCUGUUAUUAUUUUAAGUUUUCAAAUCAAGUGUGGCUUAUAGACAUGGAGUCAUUUAUAUUGUUCUUCCAAAAAUGCAGGCUUUGUCUAGAUGAACCUGGCGCAUACAACAUAUUUGCUAAAGAUGAACUUCCGCAAGACAUUUAUUUGUGUACUGGAGUCAAAGUCCAUCCAACAGACAACCUUCCUCAAAAAAUAUGUGAAAAAUGUUCCAAAGUGAUAUCCAGUGCCAAACAACUCAGAGAAACUGCGACCCAAACAAACGAACAUCUAAGGACACUCUUCCAUGAUGAUUCUGACGAUGGUGAUAAAAUUGAUAAAAGCAAUGAAAAUAUUAUAACUGCUUCAAAUAACAGUCUGUCAAGCACUACGCAAGAUCAAACUUCAGCUAAGAAUGAUGAUAAUACUUCAAACAAGCAUGCAAUAACUGUAAGAAAAGAUUUAUUUGAAAGAACUGUGAUAUCAUCGAGCAUACCUCAAUUUAAUUCAGAGCACAACGAAUCAAGAGAAAAAAGAAAAUCUACAUCCAAAAGAGCUAAACUUGACAGCACUACUAGUAGCAGUGUCAUAGCAUUUGAUUGUACUGAAUGCUCAAAAUCGUUUGAAUCAUGGAAAAAGUAUUACCUACACAAACGUAUGCACAAUAAAACUAUUGUGUGUCCGCUCGAAGCCUGUGGGAAAAAGUUCGCGAUCAAAGGGGACCUGGAGAAACAUUUCCGCACCCACACUGGUGAAAAGCCUUUCAAAUGCAACACUUGUUCCAGAAGCUUCUCUCAGAAAUGCAGCCUUAGGAGUCAUAUCCUCAAUGUUCACGGAAGUGAUGAUGAUGAUGAUGAUGACGAUGAUGAUGAUUGACAGAUAAGUGAUUUAUGGAACUUCAGAUCUGAAUCAGGAGCGAUCCUAGAUAAAAGCCGAAUAGUAUUUUUAUCCGACUGCGCCAGAAGAAGUUUUUCGAUUAUAUAUAUUUCUUUGGCACGGCCUACAGCCUAAACGGCUUGACCGAUUUUAGCGUGAGAGGUGUCAUUUAAUUCGUCUUGUGAAAGUGACACUGGCUAUAUUAAAUUAGAAAAAAUCUAAAUGGUGAUUUUAGGCGCAUUAAUCUUUGAAAAGAUAUUUUUUUUUCUCAAAACAUAUCGAGUGACAUAUCAUAACAUAUCAAA